AUGGCAAACAAACCAUCCGCCUUCAACCCCGCAACAGUCCCACCACCACCCACGACCUACUCCCAGGUCUGCGUAACACCCAUACUCCCAACCGCCAAACUCAUCACCCUCGCCGGCCAAGUCGGAAUCGAUCCCACCACCAAGACCGUUCCCACCUCAUUUCUUGAGCAGGUGAAGAUAGCCUAUGAAAACGUGCACAACUGUCUCAAGGCCGCGAACGCUACCCCUGGAGAUAUUGUGCAUGUGAAGCAUUACAUUGUGAGAGAUUCCGGGGUCGCGGAGCUGGAUGCGAAGGAUGUGGUGGAUCGUGGGUGGGGUGAGCUUUGGAUGAAGUUUAUGGAUGAGAUGGCGGAUGGACAUAGGCCCCCUGAUACGGUGCUGGGAGUUGCGGCUUUGGCGAAGAGUAACCUUUUGUACGAGGUUGAAGUGCUGGCGGUUAUCAAUGAAUAG